UGCGGCAGGCGCCAAGUUUCAAAGCCUGGCGCGGCCCAGACGGAGACCAGCGGGUAGAAAGAUGAGGCUGCACUGUGAGGUGGAAGUCCUGAGCCGGCACUUGCCAGUCUUGGGGCUCAAGAGCCGAGGCAAGGGUGUGCGAGCGGUGGUGAGCCUGUGUCAGCCACCGCGGAGGAGUGGGCUGCAGCCCCUAGCAGGGGCCGAGCCCGGCCGCGGCGCCUGCCUGCUGGUCUCCACCAUGAAGGACAAGCACGGAACUCGCUACCAACUGAAAGAAAACAUUGAACAGCUCUUCACCAGAUUUGUGGAUGAAGGGAAAGCCACUGUUCGGUUAAAGGAGCCUCCUGUGGACAUCCAUCUGAGUAAGGCCAGUCCUGGCAAUUUAAAGAGUUUCCUUUCAGCUGUGAGGAUGGCUCACAGAGGCUGUGACAUCAGCAUACCACUUUCAACACUCACACCAGUGAAGACUUCAGAAUUUGAAAAGUUUAAAACCAAAAUGGUUAUCACAUCCAAAAAGGAUUAUCCUCUAAGCAGGAGCUUUCCAUAUUCUCUGGAACAUCUUCAGACUUCUCAUUGUAGGCUUGCCCGAGUUGACAUGCGUAUGCUCUGCUUAAAAAACCUUAGAAAGUUAGACCUGAGUCACAAUUGUAUAAAAAAGCUUCCAGCUACAAUUGGAGACCUCACCCACCUUCAAGAACUUAACCUUAAUGACAAUCACCUGGAGUCAUUUGCUGCGUCUUUUUGUCAGUCCACACUCCAGAAGACACUUCAGAGUUUGGAUCUCAGCAAGAACAAAAUCAAGGCACUCCCUGUGCAGUUUUGCCAACUCCGGGAACUUAGAAAUUUAAACCUUAGUGAUAAUGAAUUGAUUCAUCUUCCUUUCAAGAUAGGACAACUAACAAACCUUCGUUUUCUAUCAGCAGCUCGAAAUAAAAUUACAAAUCUACCUUGUGAAUUUAAAGUGCUAUCCCUAGAGUACUUGGAUCUUUUUGGAAAUGCUUUUGAAAAACCAGGAGCCCUUCCGAUUAUAAAGCUUCAAGUACCAUUAACUUUACUGGAGUCUUGUGCACAAACCAUACUAUCCAACAGGAUUCCAUAUGGCCCUCAUAUCAUUCCUUUCCAUGUUUGUCGAGAUUUGGAUACUGCCAAAACCUGUGUUUGUGGAAGAUUGUGUCUAGAGUCUUUCAUUCAAGGAACUACAACAAUUAAUCUGCACUCCAUUGCCCACACGGUGGUCUUAGUAGAUAAUGUGGAUAGAAUGGAAGCUCCUAUUAUCUCUUACUUUUGUUCUCUAACUUGUUAUGUAAAUUCCUCUGAUAUAUUAAAAUAAUUAGUGGUAUAAAAGAAAGUUCCUUAGAUAUA